CACUAAUCCCUCCGUCAGCCUUCUUCCCCGUUGUUUUCCAGCACCGACUUCAUCUUCGGCAUCACCGGCGUCGUCGUCUCUAAGGCUGUGAUUGAUUGAAUGAUCUACUUUGGACCAGCUCGACCAGAUGCAACUACUUUGGAGUCGGAGCUCCGAACACCGACGAGAAACGUAACGAGGUCUCUUCUGGGCUCACCCAAAACCCAUUUCAAGGAUGUGACAUAGCAUAUGAGAAUGAUGAACCAGUAGCUGAUGAUAUGGUUGCUACGGGUAAUUCAACUCCAGUCUUGUCGCUCCGAUUACCAGAAGAAGGAAAGGAUUCGACUUUAUGUCUAAGGAUGUAUAGAGCUGCACUAAAAGGUGAUUGGGAAGAGGCAGAAGAAACAAUAAACAAAGAUGAGUCAAUAGUGCGUUGUGGGAUCUCAUUAGGAUCAUAUACUGCCCUUCAUGUUGCUGUGGGAGCGCGACAAGUCCAAUUUGUGGAGAAGUUGGUGGAAAAGAUGCAACCAAAGGACUUGAGACUUCAAGACGAAACGAGCAAUACAGCUUUCUGUCUAGCUGCUGCCGCUGGAUCUUUAGAAAUUGCUAAAAUUAUGAUACGGAAAGAUCCAGACCUGCCAGGACUACUGGGUUCCAAAGGAAGAACGCCACUCUAUUUUGCUGCUUUGUUUGGACAUCAGAAAAUGGCUGCAUGUUUGUACUCUCUAGCGUCAAAAGAAGAAAACCUACAAGAACUAUUUUUCACUUGCAUUAAAUCUGGUCUCUACGGUUUAGCCUCGUUGAUGCUAAAAAAGAAUCCCCAAUUUGCCUGGCAACGUGAUAAAGAGGGACAGACAGCCUUGCAUUUGUUGGCUAUAAAGCCUUCAGCAUUUACCUCUAAAACUCCUCAAGGAAUAUGUAUGAAGGUCAAAUAUUUGACAUCAAAAAUAUGCAUCAGACUCACACAAUGUCUUACCUCGAGAAUACUAAAGAUAUGUGCAGAGCUUGCAAGUGAAUUAGAUAAGAAUGAUCAUCAGUUAACCACAGUACUGGAUUUAUUAGCUCAUGAAAAAUCUUCGGUACCCACCAAGAAAAAAGAAAAAAAUCCUUCCAUAUUACCCACCAAGAAAGGUAAAAAUGCUUCGGUACCUGUCACUGACAGUUGGGGAAUACGGAAAGGGCUUUCAUCACCUUGUAGCCGAUUACGGAAAAAGCUUGAAAGAUCGUUUGCUUUGAAAGUGCUGGAAACGUAUCCAGAGCUUCUUCUAGAACUGGAUGGGGAUAAUUUAAGAGUUGCCUUGAGCAAUUUAUUGAAUCAAGAGCAUGCAACAUCUGCCUCUGGACUACUGCGAGAAAUACUCGAGCGAAAUGAAAAUUCAGCCCAAGCAUUAGUCAAAGACCUCUGGGACGAAGUUAUGAAACAAGACUACCCAAAAUUCAAAGACAUAUUAACAAGGCCUACGCAUCUAUUGUUUGACGCGGCAGAAUCAGGAAAUUCUAAGUUUGUAGCGCAGCUGAUUCACGAUUCUCCUGAUUUGAUAUGGGAAACUACUGAUGAUGACAGAAAUUGGACCAUAAUACAUGCAGCAGUUAAGAACCGCAAUGAGAGGAUCUUUAGUUUAAUAUACAAGAUCGGGCUGAUCAAGGAUGUCAUAGCUACCUUCAGAGACAAAGAAAAUGGUAAUACUAUACUUCAUUUGGUUGCAAAGUUAGCUCCAACUAGUCAGUUGAAUAAAUUACCUGGAGCAGCUUUCCAGAUGCAGCGGGAAUUAUUAUGGUUUGAGGAGGUGAAAAAGAUAAUGCGACCUUCACAUAUAGAGAUGAAAAAUAACAAUUCAGCCGAUGGCAUAACACCUCAAGAUUUAUUCUCUGAGCAGCAUGAUGAAUUAUUGAAAGCUGGACAAGAAUGGAUGAAUGGGACUGCACGAUCAUGCACACUUCUCUCGACGCUUAUCGCAAGUGCUUUGUUUGCGGCCAUAGUUACUGUUUCCGUCGCUGGAAAUCAUCCUUUACAAAAGACCUCAUUUCGGAUUUUCAUCAUUUCAGAUGCGAUAGCAUGUUUGUUGGCCUUGAUAUCAACAUUAACAUUCAUGGCUAUCCUCACCUCACCGUAUGCUGAAAGAGAUUUUCUCAUAGACUUACCCGGCAAGUUGAAAACCGGACUGGCAUUUCUCUUGGUUUCUAUCAUAACCAUGAUGGUGGCGUUUAGCUCCUCUAUUUUCAUUGGUUACGGCCGUAAGGACUUCCUCUCAAGUCUUGUAACUGUUCUUGCACUUCUGACGGGGGUUGUGUCAAUUGUUCAGCAGUGGCAGCUGUUGAGCAUUGCAUUUGGUUCUGCAUCCUCUUCCGAGUCUUUAUUUACGGAAAGUGAAACCGUGCUUCAGUCCAAUAAGAAACUAACCGUACCCCAGAUGAAAAAGAAAGAACCGUCCAGAGUACGUCAGUCAAAGAGAAAAACAAACCGUUCUUCAACAAGAAACUAAAUUUUAUGUUUUCGUUCCAUGCCUAUGCAUAUGCUUAUGGGAAUAAAUAUGUCAGUUCUGUAAAGAUAUUUAUGGAGGAGGCGAUCUGUUGUCCCCAAAAACCUUAUGGGCCCUUUUGGAAAUAGGAAUUUGGGAGUGUGGAUUUGGAUUUAGAACCCCCAAAUUCAAAUCUACCUCUAUUUGGUUUUCUAUUUUGAGGUGAACUUGGAUUUGAGAUCUAUUCCUUAAAAAUCCACGCUCUAAUUUACUUAAGAAUUU